AAUCUUCUCAAAGCAGCCCAGAACUGUCCGAAAUCCAAACCUUUUCAUUUCUGCAGAAAUAUUAGAAGUUCCUGGUCUCCAGAAGCUUCCCAAAACCACUCGCCAGAAACCCUACUAAACUCCUCUCCUCCCUCCUCAAGACCUUAUAACUCCCUCUGCAUCCACUAACAGUUUUACACCAACUCACGCCUUGGUUUUUUCCUUGCCGCUGGAUCUAGAAACUUCUCAACCAUGCACAGACUCUCCGGGCGCUCUGUUUCCACUAUCUUGCGCAACGGUAGCGCACGCUAUCGCAAAGUCGCUGCGCCGAUAUCCUCUUCUGCUCCCUUCACCGAUUCGAGUGUAGAGAAUGAUACCAAGCGUAGAUGGUUUUCAGUCUUAAGAAAUGGAAGGGAUAAUGUAGCUACUUCUGCAAGUCAAAUGAAUUUGCAGUGUAGCUUGUUUUUAGGUAAGCGGCAUGAGUCAACUGUGGCUGCAUCUGAUGCAGCCGCUCCACCUCCACCACCAGCUGAGAAAUAUGAGUAUCAAGCAGAGGUUAGUCGCCUCAUGGACCUUAUUGUUAACAGCCUGUACAGCAACAAGGAGGUGUUUCUUCGGGAGCUUAUCAGUAAUGCAAGUGAUGCCUUGGACAAACUACGGUUUGUGAGUGUUACAGAUCCUGCACUUUUGAAGGAUGCUGUUGAUCUUGAUAUUCGUAUUCAAGUUGAUAAAGAUAAUGGGAUUGUAAAUAUCACCGAUACUGGCAUUGGAAUGACUCGGCAAGAGCUGGUUGACUGUCUUGGAACUAUUGCACAGAGUGGAACUGCUAAGUUUUUGAAGGCAAUAAAGCAGGAUGCAGGUGCUGACAGUAAUUUAAUUGGUCAAUUUGGUGUGGGCUUUUAUUCAGCAUUCCUUGUUUCUGAUAAGGUUGUUGUGUCUACAAAAAGCCCAAAAUCUGAUAAACAAUAUGUAUGGGAAGGGGAGGCUAAUGCUAGCUCUUACACCAUUCGGGAGGAAACAGACCCAGAGAAGCUCAUUCCUAGAGGAACAUGCCUUACCUUGUAUCUUAAGCAUGAUGACAAAGGCUUUGCACAUCCAGAGCGGAUUCAGAAGCUGGUGAAAAAUUAUUCACAGUUUGUUUCCUUCCCAAUUUACACUUGGCAAGAAAAGGGAUAUACUAAAGAGGUUGAGGUUGAGGAGGAUCCAGCUGAAGCCAAAAAGGACAGUGGAGAGGAGAAAACUGAGAAGAAGAAGAAAACGAAGACUGUUGUUGAGAGAUACUGGGACUGGGAACUCACUAACGAGACCCAGCCAAUUUGGCUUCGCAGCCCCAAAGAUGUGACAACAGAGGAGUAUAAUGAAUUUUACAAGAAAACCUUCAACGAAUAUUUGGAUCCGCUGGCAUCUUCGCACUUCACAACAGAGGGUGAGGUGGAGUUUAGGUCUGUACUUUAUGUGCCAGCUAUUACUCCUAUGGGAAAAGAUGACAUGAUCAAUCCAAAGACAAAAAAUAUCAGGCUUUAUGUGAAAAGAGUCUUUAUUCAGAUAUUUGACGGGGAACUGUUUCCUCGAUAUCUAAGCUUCGUAAAAGGUGUUGUGGACUCGAAUGAUCUUCCACUCAAUGUUUCUCGGGAGAUUCUUCAGGAAAGCCGCAUUGUCCGUAUUAUGAGGAAACGUUUGGUUCGAAAGGCUUUUGACAUGAUUCUCGGGAUAUCCCUAAGUGAGAACAAAGAAGAUUAUGAGAAAUUCUGGGAGAACUAUGGCAAAUAUUUGAAACUGGGAUGCAUUGAAGAUCGUGAAAAUCAUAAGCGUAUUGCACCAUUGCUUCGAUUUUUCUCCUCCCAAAGCGAGGAAGAGAUGAUAAGCUUGGAUGAGUAUGUUGAGAACAUGAAACCUGACCAGAAGGAUAUCUAUUACAUUGCUGCUGAUAGUGUUACCAGCGCGAGGGACACCCCUUUCCUGGAGAGACUCCUUGAAAAAGAUCUAGAAGUCCUUUAUCUGGUCGAUCCCAUUGAUGAGGUUGCGAUCCAGAAUUUGAAAUCUUACAAGGAGAAGAACUUCGUCGACAUUAGCAAGGAAGAUUUGGACUUAGGUGAUAAAAACGAGGAAAAAGAGAAAAUGAUGAAGCAAGAGUUUGGGAAAACAUGUGAUUGGAUUAAAAAGCAUUUGGGUGACAAAGUAGCCAGCGUUCAGAUCUCAAAUCGUCUGAGCUCAUCACCCUGUGUUCUGGUGUCCGGAAAGUUCGGUUGGUCUGCCAAUAUGGAGAGGCUAAUGAAGUCACAAACAGUUGGUGAUACAUCUAGCCUUGAGUUCAUGAGAGGAAGAAGGGUUCUUGAGAUCAAUCCUGAGCACCAAAUUAUUAAGGAUUUGAAUGCUGCAUGCAGGAACAGCCCAGAUGAUAAAGAUGCUGUGAGGGCUAUUGAUCUUCUGUAUGAUACAGCUUUAGUUUCUAGUGGCUAUACUCCCGAGAAUCCAGCACAACUUGGUGGGAAGAUCUAUGAGAUGAUGGGCAUGGCUCUUGCAGGCAAAUGGUCGACUCCUGAAAUCCAGCAGCCAGCAGCCCAACAACACAUGGAGACUGUAGAAGCUGAAGUAGUCGAACCAGUAGAAGCCGGCAGUCAGAAAUGAGUGGCUUCAUGUGUGAUAGGCAUAAAUUAGUCGCCAGAGAUGUUAGGAGGGCCGUAGUCCAUGAAUGAUUGGAAAGAAAUUUUGAGUGCGGAGUGCAUUGCAGUCAGUAAUAUCUAAUCUUCAGGACUUUAUAUUUUGUAUACAUAUAUUAGAGGUUGUUUAAUAAAUGAAUCAGUUUUGUUUUUUCAA